AUGUCGUUUAUCAAAUUGAUCGGUUUUAUACUAUUUAUUGCAAUUAAAAGUUUCGAUUGUAGUGACUCACUAUCUGCAGUACUCCUUCGCAACACUGGUCCUAUUAAUGUGAAUAACAAUAGAGAUGCUAAACCUUUCUUCAAAUCUGAAACAAACAUUGUCAAAUCGAACGGUAUCGAAACAGAAACAAACGAAUACCAGAUAGAAGAUGAAUUCGAACGCAGAACUCAGAAUCGAAAAAUAACCCAAUUUGCUGAACAGAAAAAUAGAAUUUCAGACCAGUUUCUGGCCGGUGAGAUGACUCCUGAACCUUGUCUGAACUCCACCUCUCCAGUUACUCCAACGGAACCAUGUGAGACUACUGUUGAGCCCUGUGAGACGACUCUUGAACCAUGCGUGAAUUCUACUUCUCCCGUUACUCCAACGGAACCAUGUGAGACCACUGUUGAGCCCUGUGAGACGACUCCUGAACCAUGCGUGAAUUCUACUUCUCCCGUUACUCCAACGGAACCACGUGAGACUACUGUUGAGCCCUAUGAGACGACUCCUGAACCAUGCGUGAAUUCUACUUCUCCCGUUACUCCUACGCAACCAUGUGAGACGACUCCAGAACCUUGUCUGAACUCCACCUCUCCCGUUACUCCAACGGAACCAUGUGAGACGACUCUUGAACCAUGCGUGAAUUCUACUUCUCCCGUUACUCCAACGGAACCAUGUGAGACCACUGUUGAGCCCUGUGAGACGACUCCUGAACCAUGCGUGAAUUCUACUUCUCCCGUUACUCCAACGGAACCACGUGAGACUACUGUUGAGCCCUAUGAGACGACUCCUGAACCAUGCGUGAAUUCUACUUCUCCCGUUACUCCUACGCAACCAUGUGAGACGACUCCAGAACCUUGUCUGAACUCCACCUCUCCCGUUACUCCAACGGAACCAUGUGAGACGACUCCUGAACCAUGCGUGAAUUCUACUUCUCCCAUUACUCCAACGGAACCAUGUGAGACCACUAUUGAGCCCUGUGAGACGACUCCUGAACCAUGCGUGAAUUCUACUUCUCCCGUUACUCCUACGGAACCAUGUGAGACCACUGUUGAGCCCUGUGAGACGACUCCUGAACCAUGCGUGAAUUCUACUUCUCCCGUUACUCCUACGCAACCAUGUGAGACGACUCCAGAACCUUGUCUGAACUCCACCUCUCCCGUUACUCCAACGGAACCAUGUGAGACGACUCCUGAACCAUGCGUGAAUUCUACUUCUCCCAUUACUCCUACGGAACCAUGCGAGACGACUCCUGAACCAUGCGUGAAUUCUACUUCUCCCGUUACUCCUACGCAACCAUGUGAGACGACUCCAGAACCUUGUCUGAACUCCACCUCUCCCGUUACUCCAACGGAACCAUGUGAGACGACUCCUGAACCAUGCGUGAAUUCUACUUCUCCCAUUACUCCAACGGAACCAUGUGAGACCACUGUUGAGCCCUGUGAGACGACUCCUGAACCAUGCGUGAAUUCUACUUCUCCCGUUACUCCUACGCAACCAUGUGAGACGACUCCAGAACCUUGUCUGAACUCCACCUCUCCCGUUACUCCAACGGAACCAUGUGAGACCACUAUUGAGCCCUGUGAGACGACUCCUGAACCAUGCGUGAAUUCUACUUCUCCCAUUACUCCUACGGAACCAUGUGAGACCACUGUUGAGCCCUGUGAGACGACUCCUGAACCAUGCGUGAAUUCUACUUCUCCCGUUACUCCUACGCAACCAUGUGAGACGACUCCAGAACCUUGUCUGAACUCCACCUCUCCCGUUACUCCAACGGAACCAUGUGAGACCACUAUUGAGCCCUGUGAGACGACUCCUGAACCAUGCGUGAAUUCUACUUCUCCCGUUACUCCUACGGAACCAUGUGAGACCACUGUUGAGCCCUGUGAGACGACUCCUGAACCAUGCGUGAAUUCUACUUCUCCCAUUACUCCUACGGAACCAUGUGAGACGACUCCUGAACCAUGCGUGAAUUCUACUUCUCCCGUUACUCCUACGCAACCAUGUGAGACGACUCCAGAACCUUGUCUGAACUCCACCUCUCCCGUUACUCCAACGGAACCAUGUGAGACGACUCCUGAACCAUGCGUGAAUUCUACUUCUCCCGUUACUCCUACGCAACCAUGUGAGACGACUCCAGAACCUUGUCUGAACUCCACCUCUCCCGUUACUCCAACGGAACCAUGUGAGACGACUCCUGAACCAUGCGUGAAUUCUACUUCUCCCAUUACUCCAACGGAACCAUGUGAGACCACUAUUGAGCCCUGUGAGACGACUCCUGAACCAUGCGUGAAUUCUACUUCUCCCGUUACUCCUACGGAACCAUGUGAGACCACUGUUGAGCCCUGUGAGACGACUCCUGAACCAUGCGUGAAUUCUACUUCUCCCGUUACUCCUACGCAACCAUGUGAGACGACUCCAGAACCUUGUCUGAACUCCACCUCUCCCGUUACUCCAACGGAACCAUGUGAGACGACUCCUGAACCAUGCGUGAAUUCUACUUCUCCCAUUACUCCUACGGAACCAUGCGAGACGACUCCUGAACCAUGCGUGAAUUCUACUUCUCCCGUUACUCCUACGCAACCAUGUGAGACGACUCCAGAACCUUGUCUGAACUCCACCUCUCCCGUUACUCCAACGGAACCAUGUGAGACGACUCCUGAACCAUGCGUGAAUUCUACUUCUCCCAUUACUCCAACGGAACCAUGUGAGACCACUGUUGAGCCCUGUGAGACGACUCCUGAACCAUGCGUGAAUUCUACUUCUCCCGUUACUCCUACGCAACCAUGUGAGACGACUCCAGAACCUUGUCUGAACUCCACCUCUCCCGUUACUCCAACGGAACCAUGUGAGACCACUAUUGAGCCCUGUGAGACGACUCCUGAACCAUGCGUGAAUUCUACUUCUCCCAUUACUCCUACGGAACCAUGUGAGACCACUGUUGAGCCCUGUGAGACGACUCCUGAACCAUGCGUGAAUUCUACUUCUCCCGUUACUCCUACGCAACCAUGUGAGACGACUCCAGAACCUUGUCUGAACUCCACCUCUCCCGUUACUCCAACGGAACCAUGUGAGACCACUAUUGAGCCCUGUGAGACGACUCCUGAACCAUGCGUGAAUUCUACUUCUCCCGUUACUCCUACGGAACCAUGUGAGACCACUGUUGAGCCCUGUGAGACGACUCCUGAACCAUGCGUGAAUUCUACUUCUCCCAUUACUCCUACGGAACCAUGUGAGACGACUCCUGAACCAUGCGUGAAUUCUACUUCUCCCGUUACUCCUACGCAACCAUGUGAGACGACUCCAGAACCUUGUCUGAACUCCACCUCUCCCGUUACUCCAACGGAACCAUGUGAGACGACUCCUGAACCAUGCGUGAAUUCUACUUCUCCCAUUACUCCUACGGAACCAUGUGAGACGACUCCUGAACCAUUCGUGAAUUCUACUUCUCCCAUUACUCCUACGAAACCAUGUGAGACGACUCCUGAACCAUGUGUGAAUUCUACUUCUCCCGUUACUCCUACGCAACCAUGUGAGACGACUCCAGAACCUUGUCUGAACUCCACCUCUCCCGUUACUCCAACGGAACCAUGUGAGACGACUCCUGAACCAUGCGUGAAUUCUACUUCUCCCAUUACUCCUACGGAACCAUGUGAGACGACUCCUGAACCAUUCGUGAAUUCUACUUCUCCCAUUACUCCUACGGAACCAUGUGAGACCACUAUUGAGCCCUGUGAGACGACUCCUGAACCAUGCGUGAAUUCUACUUCUCCCAUUACUCAAACGGAACCAUGUGUGACCACUGUUGAGCCCUAUGAGACGACUCCAGAACCUUGUCUGAACUCCACCUCUCCCGUUACUCCAACGGAACCAUGUGAGACGACUCCAGAACCUUGUCUGAACUCCACCUCUCCCGUUACUCCAACGGAACCAUGUGAGACGACUCCUGAACCAUGCGUUAAUUCUACUUCUCCCGUUACUCCAACGGAGUCAUGUGAGACCACUGUUGAGCCCUAUGAGACGACUCCUGAACCUUGUCUGAACUCCACCUCUCCCGUUACUCCUACGGAACCAUGUGAGACGACUCCUGAACCAUGCGUGAAUUCUACCUCUCCAGUUACUCCUACGGAACCAUGUGAGACCACUAUUGAGCCCUGUGAGACGACUCCUGAACCAUGCGUGAAUUCUACUUCUCCCAUUACUCAAACGGAACCAUGUGUGACCACUGUUGAGCCCUAUGAGACGACUCCAGAACCUUGUCUGAACUCCACCUCUCCCGUUACUCCAACGGAACCAUGUGAGACGACUCCAGAACCUUGUCUGAACUCCACCUCUCCCGUUACUCCAACGGAACCAUGUGAGACGACUCCUGAACCAUGCGUUAAUUCUACUUCUCCCGUUACUCCAACGGAGUCAUGUGAGACCACUGUUGAGCCCUAUGAGACGACUCCUGAACCUUGUCUGAACUCCACCUCUCCCGUUACUCCUACGGAACCAUGUGAGACGACUCCUGAACCAUGCGUGAAUUCUACCUCUCCAGUUACUCCAACGGAACCAUGUGAGACCACUGUGGAGCCCUGUGAAACGACUCCUGAACCUUGUCUAAAUUCUACAUCUUCUAAAUUACCAAGGCGACCAGACGAGACCUCGAAAUUUAAUUAUUCUGAAGUGAGCAAUGAACGAAAUGAGAACGAAAUCGAGCCACAUGAAACGAUUACGCUUCGUCCGCUGACUUCUUCAAGAGAAAACGAAACUGAUUAG